GUGGUUCCGCUAUGUUCUUCCGCUGCCGGUAGAUUGAACGUGAAACGGGAGGAAAAGCAGAAGCGGCAACAGCGAUCCAAGAAAGAGAGAUUUUGCUUUUGUUGGGAUUCAGAACCACAACAAAGGAAACCGAGAACCACAUUGUCCACAGAAGUGCAGAUUCUGACCCAUUUAUAGGUGAGCCACCAUGGCGGUGAAUGUGUACGCGACGUCGGUGACCAGCGACAACCUGAGUCGGCAUGACAUGCUGGUGUGGAUCAACGAAUCUCUCCAGAUGAACCUCACCAAGAUAGAAAUGCUAUGUACAGGUGCCGUCUACUGCCAGUUCAUGGACAUGCUGUUCCCCGGCUGCAUUCCUCUGAAGAAAGUCAAAUUUGGUGCCAAGCUGGAGCACGAAUACAUCCAUAACUUCAAGCUUCUGCAAGUUGGUUUCAAAAAGAUGGGUGUUGACAAAAUCAUUCCAGUUGACAAACUGGUUAAGGGGAAGUUUCAGGACAACUUUGAGUUCAUCCAGUGGUUCAAGAAGUUCUUUGACGCCAACUACGACGGGAAGGAGUACGACCCGGUGGCAAUGAGGCAGGGGCAGGAUGCCAUGCCCAGUCCGGCCCCCUCAGCUCUCAACAAACUCCCCAAGAAGACCCUCAAUCAAGCUCCCCAGAAACCUCCAGUUGCAAAAGUGGCUCCAAAGUUGGCUCCUGCCGGCACCAAGAAACCCGGGAUGGGAGGAACAGACGAGGAGAGGGCAGAGCUCAUCAAUGAGAUAGAGAUUCUGAAAUCUACCAUUCAGGACAUGGAGAAGGAAAGAGACUUUUAUUUUGGUAAGUUGAGGAACAUCGAGCUGAUCUGCCAGGAGAAGGAAGGAGAGGGCGACCCAACGCUGCAGAGGAUCGUGGACAUCCUCUAUGCCACAGACGAGGGCUUCGUAAUUCCAGACGCCGAAGAGCAGGAGGAGUUUUAAUUCAAGACUGCGAGCAGAUUCUCACGCCGAUGUCCUGGUAUACAACCCACCUCAGAGUCCUUUAUCAAGCCAAGGCGGGUCGGUUUCACCUCCGACGCCAAGCCCUCUCUCUGUAAUCAACAAAGCCUCUGUCCCCGUCUCCAGAACCCAACCCAGCUCUGCCCUGUAGUCCAGUCCUUCCCAAAAACCACAGCAGCGUGGCUCACAUCCCGCUCUUGUUGUGGACUCCAGUGUAAAAAAGCCUAAGCAAUGUUGUGGCUGUCCUUAUGUGUGUAUGUGUGUGUGUGUGUGUGUGUGUUUAAAAACCUGUUUGAUGCAAAUGAAGAAACUGACCCGGCCGGCCCGCCGCUGCUCUGUCCCAAACUAACCCUGAACGCGCCGCAGCGCUGCAGCCUGUGCUGGCAGAACCAGUCCGGACCGGAGGCGUCUGCAGCAGAACCGGGUGUUAAGGCCAGCAGACACGGACGAGUUGAUGGAGUCUGAAACGGGUCCGAUCCGACCGCGGGUCCAACGCCACCGGUUCAGACUCUUUCAGCUGCAUCCUGCGUCUGCUGAGCUUUACGCUGCCUCUAAAACCAUCCCUCCAACCUUUCUGGCUCAUUUCCGGACGUCAAUGUCCAAAUGCGAGUACCGCCCCUGGUUUCCUAACAGAACCGGCGGACUGGACCGGAACAUCUUCAGCUUUAGUCUGGGACAGGGCGGCCGUCUGGACCUUUGGGCCUUUUGUCACCCGUCACCCUCGGUUCAGCUAUUACUGUCCCAUUUUUUUUUUUUUUACCUUUUAUUCUCCGCCUCUCGGUUCUGUUCAGAUUUCCUCGUAUUCCUGUGUGUUCUUUUGUUUUCACGACCCGCCGACUCUCACAAAACCGUCGGGUUUCAAGCUUUUUAAAACGUGCAAUUCCCAAAAACCCAGGAAAAAAAGCGUCUUCACGCUGAGCUCGGUGCUGGGAGGGGCGGCCGCUCCCGCCAGCUUCAUGAAUGAAUGGUAGGAAGUGCUGAUGAGCAGCACAGCCCGUAGCCUUUAAGCUGGACCCGACCUUUACGUGCAGAACAUCCCGGACAAACGGAGCAGCUGCACGACGAACACUGUGAGCCGGGGGACGCCGUCUCCUCACGUCCUCCUCAGUCGGCUUAGGGUUCAGAAAAAAUCCUCCGCUUGUCCCGUCGUCUGGGAUCAUUCAGCGGGAGCAGAACCCAUUUUAAUCAGAUUUAUUGGGCUUUCUGGGUUCGGUCGGAGACCCGGUUUUUUUUCAGACUAAAUGUAAUUUUUUGUCACAUUUUUGUUUCUAGUUGAACUAAAACACUGGUGUUUAGUCCUGUUAGUGGAAGCUUUUUUCAAAGGCCUUAUUCAUAAAAAAUGUUUGUCAAAAAACUGUUUUGGUUUUAUUUCCUCAUUAGUGGCACGUCUCUUUAUUUUUUUUUAUCUCCAUGUACCCGACGAGCUGAAUAAUGACGCUUGGCCUGUUUUAGUCAGCGCUGUGCAAAACGGUUUAGGCAGGUCUAAAGAAAUGCUGUAAGAGAUUCGGACCCCGUUUUCCUCCAGGUUCUGAGGCCCCUGGCCCGUAGGUUGUUCCAGACGUCUUGGGGAACCAAGCCUCAGAUCGUCCUCUGUUCAUGUGAUCUCAGACUCCAUGAUGAGAUCAGGGCUCUGCGGGCGCCGUACUCUCACCUCCACCGUUUAAAUCGUGUGUUUGGGGGUCUCAGUCCUGCUGCAGAAUAACUUUGGGCCAAUCGGACGCCUCCCUGAUGAUCCUGCAUGGUGGGAUUUGUCUUUAGUAAAUGAAUCUUUUUAAAACAUUCUUAGUUUACAGCAUUUUCUUAAACCUGCCUAAAAGUUUCACAAAGUACUGCUUCAGUGUAGAUGCACAAAACCUUCAACCAAACCGAAUGAUGAGUUUUUAGGAAUGUUUCUCUGAAUAAUUUGUGCCGAAGAAGCUCCAAACACUGCCAGGAGAACCAGUGGUUGCUGCCAGGGGCCUUGUGUGUGUUUUUGUUUGUAUUUAUUGGUACUUUACUAAGAUCAAAGCUCGGUUUUCACCUUUCACAACAUUUCGGGGGACUGAGGAUGUGUAAUUGUUUUUUAUUCUGGCUAAAGUGGGAUUUUUAAGCCCAGUCAGUCUUCUCGUCUUAUAAUUUGAGUUUUGCUUGUUUAUCUGCUGACGUUAUUCAAGCUGUAGUUUACGAGCGUUCAUCUCCCUGGAAAAUAAAAAUAAAAAAAUCUUUUUAACGAUUUAAGUUUUUGAAGGACCAAACACGCAGCCUGAAGGGAGAUAAUUUAAAAACAAGGUGUGAAACAGCGAAAGCUGCAGUUAAAACCUACCACAAAAUGACUUCAUUUAGUUAGAUUCACCCAAUAAAAGGUUCAGAAACCGAUUUCAUGUAGACGUUUCCACACUGUGAGGCUGCCGUGUCCAGAACGGACAGUAGGGGGCGUCACACGGGGAAACGCAUGAGGAGCAAAAUGCUAUUUGCUUCAUGCAAAUACUGGCCACCAUAACCCGUUUCCACAAUGUGACGUCUGUUAGCCUCCAUGUGCUUCUAAUCGCUGCCUAAGAGGCUCUUUCUCACGUUGUUGACUGACAACGGGACGGUCCUGCAGGAAAACAAGCGAUCCGCCCGCCUCUCUGUGGCCCUCGCCUCUUGAGACCCAGAACCGUCUCCAUCUCCGUCACCAGGUCUGCAUGUGCACCAAAUUCCCUUCAGGUUGUUCUUAGCAGCGGCUGCCCACUUCAGGUCUGAUCUUCCGUAGUUCGGGAAGGAAAGCACAAACUGUAAUAAUCCUAAAUGUGCAGCAUUUUUUUUUAAAUUCUUCCCCGUUGUUGGGAUUUGCGUGACAGUUUCUAUCGUUCUGCUGCUUUUAUAUCCUCCUCUUGUCCUCUUUAGGGAUGUGCAUGACUGCAGGUUAACCAACUUCUUCAGCAACAGCCACGACAUUAAAACGUUUUUAACUGAAACCGCGACGAUCGCUGGUCUUUUUAGGCCGCUCCUAAACAGUUUUUUAGUUAUUACGGUAAUUUUUUAUUUUUUUUGUAAUGCACAAAUGUGGACGUAACGCCAGAGGCGGCAGGACUUUCUGGUCUCCGUGACUUUCCAAAGUCCCU